UAGAAUACCUAUGUAUAUAUACUGAACCUAGUACUGUACCUUUGGUGUUGUUCUCUUGCAUUUAACAAGACAAUUCACACUGAAACUUGCGAAACGAUUCAGUCGAGUUUUCAUAAACAACAAGAACAAGAAUAUCAUCAUCAUCAUCAUCAUGUCUGACCAGAACACCAGCACUCUUCAGUCCACUUAUGAAAAGGUGACUGGUGCAGCUCAGAGCGCACUCGGCUCUCUCACUGGUAGCACAGCCGACAAGGCCCAAGGCGAGCAGAAGAAAGACGUCGCCGAUGCGCGCAAAGACGUCUCGCAAGCAGGCGCCUCCGUCGGGGGCUACUCGGUCUCAGCCUCCGGCGUGGCAGCCAACGACCCACAGCGUUCAGAGGGUAGCUGGAACCAAACUAUGGGCUCCGGUAAGGAGUUCGUCGGCGGAGCGCUCGGUUUGGAGGGACUCAAGAAGGAAGGCCAGCAACAGAAUGCGCAGGGCAAGGAGCAAGAGGCUGCUGGCCAGUUGAGUGAUUUGGGCUCUGGUAUCAGCGAUCGUGUCGCAGGUACUGUGGGCGGCGCUGUUGCUGGGCUGACUGGAGACCGCGAAGAGCAAGCUCGACGGGAGGCUCAGCAUGAUACUGGAAAGACGCUUCAGCGAGGAGUGGAGAGUGAGGUGCAGAAGCAGGCUGAGGCUGAGAAGAAGUAGGUGGCGAUGAGCUGGUGAUUUGAUAAUUAAUUUUCCUUUGGGACUAGUCUGCGGCCUGUAUAUACCCCGAGCGGAGAGGCACCGCAGCGGCGCAGCCCUACCAAGUCAUGAUGUUUAAGUUUUUUGAUAUUCAUCUUGAAGAC